UCUACAACAAAACGCAGCGUUCCUAAGCGAAGCUGCGAAAAUUUCUCGACCCAAAUCAAUGGACCACAAAGGAGAAGAAAAAUGGGCAUGCAGGAGGUGCGGCCAUGUCGGCCUUGAUGAAUCCGACGGCUUCUAUUAUUGCCAGGAGUGCGGCGCCCAGGCCGACGACAUCAUCUUGACGGGCGUCGCUGACGAUGAUGUUUUCAAUGCAGACGGAGGCAGUAUACUCUACAGCGCCAGACGCCCACGCCUCUCCCAGCAUGUCCAAAACGACCCGUCCUCUCAAGCCUGGCUCCGAUUCACGCAGGAAGAAGAAGACAAUAAAACUGCUACUAAAAUCGAAGCGAAGAGAGAAACGCAGAACGAUUAUAACUAUAGUAAUCAGAAUUUGGACGGGGUGGGGCCCAUGGAGCCUGACGAUUUCGGCUCGCGUGCCAAUGGGAAGUUGAGUUAUGAGGAAUAUUACAAUGAGGUGAGGUUUAGGUAUGUGAUGGGGAUGCAGUGGAUGAUUCAGUUGCAGUGUGAGGCUCUUGUAGAGAAAUUCAAUGCAAGUCCCUUGAUUUGUGGUAUUGCUGGAACUGUCUGGUUAAGGUACUUGUAUUCCACUGGGGUUUAUGAGGAUGGCUGGGCAGAUGAAGUGUUGCUGGAAUCCGAGACCCAAACAGUAGGAAAACCAACAAAUCAUCGGCCUCGUAACAGAAAGGAGCCCCACAACGCAUACGGUCAGCGCGCAGUGAAUGUCUGGUUUCAAUGUUUAAGGAAGAAAAUACCAUUAUCUCAUUCUCUAGCUAUUUCAUUUUUGUCUUGUCAUGUUGCUAGGGAAGCAAUUUUGCCAACAGAUAUACUAAAGUGGUCGCUCGAAGGAAAACUUCCGUACUUUGAUGCUCAUGUUGAAAUUGAAAAACGCUUUGAACGUGCUUCAGCUGCUUGUCCUAUCAGUUCAAGUCUAAUGUUUAGGCCUUCUCAAACAGUUCCUGUACAGAAUUUGGAGCCAAUGGCAGCGAGAAUUGCUGAGUCAAUAGGUUUACAUUUACCGCCAGUGAACUUCUACAAAAUAGCUGCUCGCUAUCUUAAGAAGCUCUCUCUUCCAGUUGAAGAAGUUCUUCCACAUGCACUCCGCAUAUAUGAAUGGUCACUGCCCCCAGAUUUAUGGUUAUCAACAAGUGAGCUUAGGCUUCCUACACGGAUCUGUGUAAUGUCAAUACUUAUUGUGGCUAUAAGAAUGCUCUAUAACAUUAAUGGUUUUGGGGCAUGGGAAAGGAGUUUGUUGAGGCGCAAGUGCUCUGCUUCCCGUUCUUGUCAUACAGAUGCAUUAGAUUCAAUAUUUACUUCUGAAAUGGAGGGUGAUGCUGGAAAAUUUUCUGCUUCCUUCCUUCAUAGGAUGGAUGAUUCUGGUGAAAAAUUCAUUAGAAAUCCAUCACACGUUCAGAAGCCUGGUUUGGGUUCAGCAGAGUUAUUGCUGCACCACCUAGAAGCAACGUACACCAAGAUUGUUGACACCUAUGAGUUUGCAAAGGACUUGCCCUCAUACCUCCAAUAUUGUAAGGAUGUGGUAUUUGCCGGAGCAGGACCUUCACGUACAGAUUAUCGAGUGGAAGAAGAAUUAAUAGAUAAGUUAUGGGAUUUCUACCAGAAUGAACAGGAGUCUGAGCUGGCACAAGAGCCUCGGAUGCCAAGUAAUACUGUUUUUAACCAAAAGAGAUCAAGGAAUGAUGAUGAAUGUGUUAAAAAUCUGUUGGAAACGAAGGAAGUUAGAGAAGGAUGGCAUGACAGUCCGUCUGGUAGUCGGAGCAGUACUGACAACCCCCCUGAAUGUAGCCGACAGCAGAGUCUGGAUAAUGACCAAUUUUCCAAUGAAGCACAGGAAGAUCAAAACUUAGAAUGCAGCAAAGACUCAGAAGAGGCACUCGAAGAGAAAGAAGCCAUUAGACGGCUUAAGUUAGACAUGGAAGAGAAUAGAUUCUGCUACAUUGCACCAAGAGCCAAACUCAAAAGAUUUGAUUACCUUCAUUACACGAGGAAGAGGGGUGGCGGUGCCUUGACUUAUGUUGCUCACGCAGAUUAUUACAUUUUGCUUCGAUCUUGUGCUAGGGUUGUACAGGUUGAUAUCCGACUAAUGCAUAUUGGGGUAUUGAGUUUUGAAAAGAGACUGGCUUGGUUGGAAGAAAGAACCGAUCACUGCUUGCAUUUGACGCCUCCUAGUAUGACUUGUAAGUUCUGCAGAGACAUGCCAGAUUCUUCCCAACUAAGCUUUCAGUGCUGAAUCUAUGAAAUGCACUUUGAUUGUUUUGUACCAAAGCAACUGAAAGAUAUUAAGGCAGCAGAGGUGUGUUUGAAAAAGACUGGACACUUACAUUACGGUGAAGAUUAUUAAUUAAAUAAUUAAUUUAGUUCGAUUA